AUGCCAGCGGCAGCUGCCAAGGGGACGAAGGUCUACGCCUUCCUGACAUUUCACGUGAGGACGGGGCGCCUCGCGGCCUUCUGCGACGCCUGCGCCGAGCUCCUCAGCGCCUCUGCCAAUGACGCGGGAAAGCUGAGGAUCGCUUUGCAUCGAGAGCUGCCGUGGGCCCGCUCCAUCUCCAACGAGGAGUUCAUCCUUUUCAUGAUGGAGCAGACCUGGGCCUCCGGCACUCACUUGGAAGAGCAUACAUGCUCUCCACACGCUGUGCGCUUCAAUGAAGCCAUCCUGAAGCAGAGGAUGCUGGUCACUGAGCCCAGCGUGAGCAUCUUCGGGGAGCCCCUGAGCAGCACCCAGCUGGCGGAGCUGGGCGCGGAGGCCUCCGCACAAGAAGCCGCGGAGGCUACGCUACAUGGCGAAGAGGUGUGA